UGCCGCGACGCGUUCCUGGCCUUCGACAAGGACCGGUCCGGGACCAUCGAUGUCUGGGAGCUGCGCCAGGUCCUCGAGGCCAUGGGCCAGAAGCCCACGGAGGAGGAGCUCUUCCAGAUGAUCAGCGAAGUCGACGAGAACAUGUCCGGGUCCAUCGACUUCGCCGAGUUCCUCAAGGUCAUCGAGAACCAGAAGGACCGCGCGGAGAACUUCGACGACGAGAACGACAUGAUCGACGCCUUCGUCGCCUGCGGCGGCCGGCCGGACAAGCACGGCCACGUGCGACGCGAGACGCUCGUGAAGAUCAUCAAGCACGACUUCGGCCUCACCAUCGACAUCGAGGAGCUCAUCAACAAGAUCGACACGGACCUGUCCGGCGAGAUCGAGUUCGAGGAGUUCAAGGCCCUCCUCUCC